AUGGCGUUGCUGAUACCCCCGAUGAUGGCGGAACUGGCCAUCACAACUCCCAAGUAUUUGGUCCUGGGGAUCUUGUUGCUGGGCAUCAUUCUCUCCGUUGCCUGGAAACAUCUCCAGAACGACAGGUCCCAUGCCAGCCUUGAAGGCAUCUCGGAGGCGCCUGGGGCCUUGCCGGUGAUAGGACAUCUACACCUGUUGGGUGGACGACGUGGGGAGAACGAUGCCACCAUGUAUUCCCGGUGGGCACGGGCGACCAAGUCGGACCUGAUCUCCUGCCGGAUCGGCGACCAGGUGACGGUUGUGGUCAACACGUUCACGGCGGUGCGGGAGCUGUGGGUGAACCAAUCUCCCGCCCUGGUUGACCGGCCCGCCCAGCCGGGCUUCCUGGACAAGGUCGGCGUCGACAUCACCGGAUCAUCGCUCACCGACCAGAUCCGGCGGUGUCGGGCGGCGUCCCUCAAGGCCCUAGGCAAGAGCAUGUGGCCGGAAUACUAUCGACUCCUGGAACCGUCGUCCGAGGGGCUGGUGUUCUCCCUCCUGGCCGCCGACUCGGGCCUCAUCAAUCUCUACCCGAAGCUGCGUACCGUCAUCUUCGACCUGGGCCUGUCGCUGACGUACGGCGUGCGGUAUGGCCAGUUCGACGAGGCCUUCAUGGACUCGUUUCUGCAAUCGAUCCUCGACAUCACCGCCGUACGGGCGUCGACAGCCAAUUUCCGCCACUAUAUCAAGUUCUUACGCUGGCUGCCAGAGUGGUCGAGCACCAAAAAGACAGCCGAGGCGGCAGUCCAAGUGCGCGCCGCCCACGUUCACCAGAUCUACAACGCCUACCUGGAUCGCGUCCGGGAGGAAGGCCACGUCAACUGCGUCGUCUCGUCUCUGGGAUCCGACAAGCUCUCUGAGGAGGAGAUCCACGGCACGUGUCUGUCCUUGCUUCAGGCCGCUCCUGACACCAUCGCCACGGGCAUCUAUCAGUGCGUCGCCUGGCUCGCUUCUCCAGAAGGAAUUGGCUUCCAGUCCACAAUGUAUCAGGCCAUCUUGGACGUGUACGGGGGGGACCGCGACCUGGCCUGGUCCAUGGCGUUUCGGGAGGAGAAAGUGCCCCUGGUCACAUCUCUGUACAAAGAAGGCCUUCGCUUCUUCACCGUCACGCCGUACAGCGCGCCACGCCAGACGACCAAGGAUGUGCAGUACAAGUCUGCCAAGAUCCCCCGCGGCACCGCCGUCUACAUGAACGCGCAACAGGCCAACCACGACCCGGCCCACUACGGCGCCGACGCCUGGUCGUUCAACCCGACACGCUUUCUCGGCGAUACCUCGCCCUUGCCACAUGUGUCCUUCGGCGCGGGCGGCCGGAUUUGCCCCGCCAUGGCCUUGAGUAACCGUCUCAUGUCCGCGUUUUUGGUCCGUCUGACGCUGGCCUUUGAGAUGAGACUGGCGGACCCCAAGGUCGAUAAGAACGCGAGGUUCCCCGUCAUCGAUGGCGUUCGUUUCUCAGACGUCCUCGACGAACUGGUCGCUGCGCCUCGGAUGUACGACUGCCGCUUCAUUCCUCGGGACCCCGCUUGGUUGACUGAACUCUCAAUGAAAGCGAAGGCCCCAUGA